AUGCAAUUAUACAAUGUUUUUACUUAUUCCCUUGUGCGAGGACAGCUUAUCGCCAACACUGUCCUUGUCGCCGGAUCUUUUUUUAUGGUGAUAUUACGAUUUGUCUCUCAACGGAUUCGAAAGAGCAACCUAUGGUGGGAUGACUUCUGCUGUGUCCUGGCCCUUUUACACACCUUCGGGAUGCUAUCCAUGCAAUAUUACUACGCUGCUAUCGGUAUGCGACACCAAAUGGCGGAACUGCCAGCCAAAAACCAAAUCCUCAUUGUGAAAAUACUCUUGAUCUACCAAUUCAUCUACUACAACGCCAUGGUACUUUCUAAAUUCACCUACCUAUUCUUCUACUUGCGCAUCUUCGUGAGCAAGGAGUUUCGCAUCCUCACCUGGGCGUGCAUGGCAGCCUCGUUUGCAUACUGGCUUGGAUCUACACUUCAGGUUUUCCUGCUAUGCAUACCCUUUGAGAAGAACUGGGAUGUAUCGGUGCCAGGUCAUUGUGGGAAUCGGAAUGUGGCCUUUUCGACAAUUGGAGCCUUCAACCUGAUUACGGAUGUGGCGAUUAUUCUGUUACCCAUGCGCUUUAUCUGGAAGCUGCAAAUGUCUCUCUCGACUAAGCUGGCGUUGCUUUCCAUUUUUGGACUUGGUGCAUUUAUUUCAUCCAUUACCAUCAUCCGAAUUCACGUCAUGGAAGUGAUCGAUUUCUCAAAUCUUGCAUACUCAAUGACCUGGGCUGCCUUUUGGAGUGUCACCGAGCCCUCUCUUGCCGUGUCAAACUCCUGUGCACCUAUGAUACGACCUGUUAUAAGGGCUGCUUUUCCCAGAUUUUUCCCCACUGCCAAUGCUGGAUAUUCAGGCACACCUCCAACUGGAGGCUCAGGCGCCAUCCUCAGCAAAAACCACACGUCAAAGAUGAAUGAGAUGGAUAGUGAAUUUCCUCUCACGCAGUUGGUUGUUGAAACAGGAUCGUUGUAUGAGGGGUCGUUGAACGACCAAUCACAGGAUGGACACUCGCAGGAUGCGCAGCACCGUCAUUUUCCUACAAGUGUUAUCGUUGACCAUCUUAAAUUAGGUCAAUGA